UUUCUUUGAAGAAAAAAAGAAGAGAGAGAAUUGGUUUUUAGAGUUUUGUGGUUUAUCCCAAAGUAGUUGAAGGAAAAGGAAAUGGGUACUGUGAGUGUAGUAUGCGUUAUUGUGGGUUUAAUAUCCUCAAUUUGGAUGGCUGAAGCAAGAAUUCCGGGAGUUUACUCCGGAGGUGCAUGGCAAAAUGCCCAUGCUACCUUCUAUGGCGGCUCUGAUGCAUCAGGCACCAUGGGUGGAGCUUGUGGAUACGGAAACUUGUACAGCCAAGGUUACGGAGUUAACACGGCGGCGUUGAGCACAGCUUUGUUCAACAAUGGCUUAAGCUGCGGCGCUUGCUUUGAGAUAAAAUGUGCAAGUGAUCCAAAAUGGUGUCAUUCGGGAAGCCCUUCCAUCCUCAUUACGGCAACCAACUUUUGCCCACCAAAUUACGCUCUCCCGAACGACAAUGGCGGCUGGUGCAACCCUCCUCGCCCUCAUUUUGACCUCGCCAUGCCCAUGUUCCUUAAGAUUGCUGAGUACCGUGCCGGAAUUGUCCCCGUUUCUUACCGCCGGGUGCCAUGCCGGAAGAGGGGAGGAAUCAGGUUCACGAUUAACGGUUUCCGUUACUUCAACUUGGUUUUGAUCUCCAACGUGGCAGGUGCAGGGGAUAUCGUGAAGGUUAGCGUGAAAGGAUCUAGGACAGGUUGGAUGAGCAUGAGCCGAAACUGGGGUCAGAACUGGCAAUCAAACGCUGUUCUGGUUGGUCAGUCACUCUCCUUCAGGGUCACAGGCAGUGAUAGGCGCACGUCCACCUCUUGGAACAUCGUUCCCGCCCAUUGGCAGUUUGGUCAAACAUUCACCGGCAAGAAUUUCAGAGUUUGAUUGGUUUUCCUCUCUUUGAUGGUUUGGUGGAUGGACCAAUUUGCAAAAGAAAAAGAAGUUAUCAACCCCCCGAAGUUAGAAAGCUUAGCAGUAAAAUUGAAA